AUGUGCAAAUACGUUAAGAACUCGCAUUCUUGUCAGCAUAAGUCUUACAGGCUUACCGAUACCUGUCAAUAUGCUCUUUCCUCCUCACCAGGAAGCUGCGGCAGAAUGUGUGUCGUCGACCGCAAAUAUGUCAGAGAUACUUGCGAGGACUGCACUCGUAAGCGUGCUCAGCUCGAUUACGGAUACAUUAACACCAAGAUUGAUGGCUGGAUGAGAGGUCUCGAGAAGGAAGAAUUCGUUGAGCGAGUCGGUUUGGCUGCUUAA